AUGCUAGACGGGACAGAGGCCGUGAUGAGUCUUCUCGCAGCACAGGCCAUGGAUAUGGCGCACCGUCAAGACGAUUCACUAUCGGAACCCGACACGCCUCUGACGGUGUACACCAUCCGCUUCACAACCGGAGUAUCAAGAGGCUCAGCGCUCUCGGAGCCCUACUCGGCGGUCAACGUCUGCUUAAUCAGUCAGAAUGGCAGGGCGGCGCUGCACCGCAUCAGCCCCGUCAACGACCCGCUUGAGUCUCGCGCACAUACACUCGAGAUGUGCCAGCUGAUUGGACCCGACGUGGGCGCGGACUGUAGCUCGGCACUGGCGGAUGCGGCAGCUAGCAGCGGCAACCAGCAGCCCGGAGGACAACAAGAGCAACAACGACCCGGUCGGCCGGCAGCACCUGCCGGGAGCGCUGGUGGGUCUGCAUCGUCGCACGGGUACGGAAACGUCAACCUGAGAAGCAGUGGUGGCACUAACCUCGUUGGUCGACCCCCGCCACCGCCCCCACCCAAGCGCCGCUUCCAGGAGGGCUCCGUUGACGAGGUCAGCAUCUUGCUUCCCGAGCUGGGUCCCCUUGCUGGCGUGUUGGUGGGUGUGGAGGGCGGCACCUGGUACCUGGACGAAAUGGAUGUGUCGUCCUCCCGGACACACCACAUGGACAGGUUCGUGUGCCGGCGGCAGUUGGGCGGUCGGGCCGGUGAGGGGGCCGCCCUCCUGACACCUGUGCCCGUGGGAGCGGUGGUGUACGGAGAAGGGGAGGCCGCGGUCGUCCUGUCCAAGGAGCAAGCCACGGCGCUUUGGUCGCUCAACAUGUCGGACUACACCGACCUGAAGCGCCGAGUGGCGACAACCACCGCCUUGUUGGUUGCCAGCGGAGCAAGCCUGGCAGCUCUGACGGGCGGUACGGCAGCAGCCUUGCCGUACACUGCUGGCGGAGUCGUAGGUGCCUACCUCAGCAGCAGCAGCAGGCGGGCUCUGGGCAGCGGCCCGGUGCGACUUGGCUUUGUGUGCGCCUCCGCGGCGCUGGGGAUGGCGCUGCUGUCCAGGGAGGAAGCCGGUGUGCUGGGGGCGCCUGUUAGCUCCGGCUCUGUUGCGGUCUGGCAGCUUGCCCUGGGGGCCCUGGGCUUCCUCACCUACAAGGCGGCGCUGGUGGGCGUGUCGCUGGGGGAGGCGGGGGCCUCUGCGGGGGCCCGCCUUGGACUGGGCGGUAAGGUGCUGUACAGCAGUGGAGGCGCCCGGGGGGCCAGCAGGACCGAGCUGGAGAAGUACAAGCGCGACUGA